GCAGAGUUCAAUCCAUUUUUGAUUUGAAAUGGCUCAGGUUUUUACACCAUUGGUGGAAAAAUGUAAAAAGUACGGACGUGCAAUACGUAUUGGAACUAACCACGGGAGCCUUUCAGAUCGAAUUAUGAGCUAUUAUGGGGACUCACCUAGGGGAAUGGUUGAAUCAGCAUUUGAGUUUGCAAGAAUUUGUCGAAAGUUGGACUUCCACAAUUUCGUCUUCUCAAUGAAAGCUAGCAAUCCAGUAGUUAUGGUUCAGGCGUAUCGCCUUCUUGUAGCUGAGAUGUAUGUUCAAGGAUGGGAUUAUCCUUUACACUUGGGAGUUACUGAAGCUGGUGAAGGUGAGGACGGAAGGAUGAAGUCUGCAAUCGGUAUUGGCACACUUCUUCAGGUACACUUUUAGACUUCCGGAUAAAUA